CACCCACACACACACACACAUUCUGGCCGUGCAUGGCUCGGUGACACGUCGCUCCAAAACUUCCGUUGUUCGCUUGCUGGUAAUCACUCGUCAUGGAGAAAUACAGCCAGUUUCGCGAUAAAGGUACCGCAAUUGCGCCCUUCCUCCCCGUCCCACCACAGCCCGCUGGUAUCAUCUGGCAGCCGCUAUACAUCUUCCUCUUCUGUGUCCGCACGCCUUUUGUCAUUGCCUUUUCGCUGCUAUACUUUUGCGGACUGGAAUUUCUGCCCGUGGGUAGAAGGGUCAAGUAUGCGGUACUAUGGUUGAUGCUGGGUAUCCCGGGUGUGUGGUGGGUCGACUUGCAGGUUGACGGGGUCAAGAGAGGGCAAUUGCAUUCUGCCAAAAACAACUUACCCAAACCCGGCACCAUCAUCGCUUCGUCCUUUACCUCGCCGCUCGAUCCGCUCUACCUUGCAGGCAUCUUCCAGCCAAUAUUCACGCGCUCCUACCCGAACCACCGAAAAGUCGAACGUAUCACGCUUUUGGGCGCCAUCUUACUUGCCUUUUCUCCGCCCUCUCUGAUCCCCAACGAUCCCUCGAAACUCGUAACCCUCCAACAACUCACCAAGGAGAACCCGACCAGAAUCAUCUGUGUCUUCCCAGAAACAACAACCACAAACGGAAGAGGCAUACUCCCACUAUGUCCCAGUCUACUUAGCGCAAACGGCGAGACAAAAAUCUACCCCGUCAAUCUCAGAUACACACCCCAGGAUGUAACAACGCCCGUCCCCGGUGGCUACCUCUCUUGGUUCUGGCGCCUGCUCAGCAAACCCUCGCACCAAAUGCGUGUCCGCAUCGCCUCGCGCGUAUACAACAACUCCAAUCAGAAUGCCCCCGCUCGCGCAGAUGCCUCAUCCAACGGCGCAAAGAGCACCGGCUACGACACCAACAUAUUCGAGCAGGCAGAUUUCAAAGACGGAUUUGGCAGCAACGGCAUGAAUGUCGAUGUGGACAGUGGCGACGAGCAUGUAGCACUCAGCGAGGGCGAGCAAAAAACACUCGAGCGUGUAGCCGAGGAUUUGGCGCGCUUGGGCAGAGUCAAGAGAGUGGGGCUGGGCGUCAAGGAUAAAGUUGAGUUUUUGAAGUUUUGGAUGAGUCGGAAGCGGUGAGGGAGUUGGGACACGCAUGACUAGUUAUGAUUCCAAUACUCGCGUUUUUUUCAAUAUCCAUCAUGAUUAUGUCACUUAGUUUUUGUCACGGCACUGUUUUGCAAAGAUUGGAGAAAUCAAAUCAAAUGGAAAUGUGGAGAGAUGAAGGCAUAUGAUUAAUAUGCG